AUGGAAUUAAAUCCCGAGUGCCAAGACAUAGAAGUUAAUAAUAACCAGGUUACUGAUUAUGACAACACAAUAGAUUGCUUGUUAGAUAAAUUUACUGAAAAGUAUGUUCAAGUAGAAUUAAUUAAAGAACUAGUUAUCAGAGGUGAAGCAAAUCUUCGGAAAAGGAAAGAAGACUUAAAGGAUAAGUUGAAGAAACUGAAUGAUCUUCACAACCGUAUUUUCCAAGUGGAAAAUGACUUCUGCGAAUCAAUAUGGAAAUUCAAAGCUGAACAUGACUUUGCAUCAGUGAUUAAUCAAAUUUUGGAUGACGAAACAACAAAUUAUGAAGAAAAUGAUGAAAUUCGACUAGAAAAAAUUUCUAGUGCCAAACAUGAUGUACAAGAGUUGAUCAGUAGUAUUGAUGAUGUAAUUAUAAAUAUUGACAAAGAGUUGAUAGAUAUAAACCAAAAAUUAGCGGCGAAAGUUAAAAAAGAAUUAAAGAAACCAUUUGAUGAUGAGACUAAAUAUUCUGUUCCGGCAAUUAAGAGCGAAAAUUUGAUAGCAAUAAAAAAAGAACCACAUCUUAAAACUCCGGUAAAGUUGGAAACACCUGAAUAUCCAACCAAUAAAUUAUCAAAAAAUUUUUCAGUCAAGAAAAAAUCUUCCAUCUGUAAAAAAUUUGAAAUGUCUUGUUGAUUGAUUAAUUAACAUAAUAAAAAAUAAGACAAUAAUUACACAGUACAUUUUGUAUAUUUAGAAAUAUUUUAUACAGUAAUAUUCAUCUUUUUUCAUCAUCUUUGUUUCCAAUAUACAUUGAAGGACAUUAACAUUACAAUUUAUUAAAAUUAUACACAUAAUAUCAUGCCAAUCAGGCUACUUAACAGGAUCAUAAAUUUAGAUAAAUCAACUAGUUUCCCUCGACGUUCAAACAAUUAUUAUAUUUUUUUUUUUUUUUUUUAAUUUUUUAAUAUUUUUUGGUGAACGAAAAAAAAAACUACCAAAAUGGCACAGUCGAUUGUGAAAAAUUAACCAUAAUAUAUAAUUUAAUUAUCUAUUUCAUUACAUUAUAAUUAACAUUAUUACUAAAAUGAUAAAUGACAAAGACAAAAAAAUUAUUACAUAUCAGAUAAAUAUAAAUGACAAUGAAAGACUUAAAUGUGAUCGACAAACAUUAACAGUUAUUGAGAUAAAAUAAAAUUAAAAUGUUUAAAAAAUAUAAUAGUUGAAUAAAAAAUAAAAUUGUCUAAAGUAACAAUAGAUAUGACGCUAGUUUACUUAUAAAUGUUAUGACAGUAUAAAUGAUAGUUGUGCGUGUAGUUAUUUUAUUAAAUAUAUCUUAGAUUUACAUCAAACGUGAUCAAAAGAUGCUGCACCAAAGCCUCACGGCUCAUUUUUGACUAAACUGUAACAUUUGCAUAAAAAUAAAUCAUCCACGAUUUUAAUAAUUUAUCAAUUUAAUCAAAAUCUUUUCCUCUUGAUCAACAGCUUAACUUAUUCUUUCCUUCUUACAUUCAUUUAGAAAUCACAUAAAAGUACGUAUAUUAUAUACAUUACAAAAAUGUUUAUUUUAGAUUUAUUUAUUUAUUUAUUUAUUUAUUGUUUUGCUGUACGAAGGUAAAGAAAAGUUUCAAGAAAUUGAGGAAAGAUUAUUAGACUUAGAUAUACAAUUUGUCAUGUAAUUCUUUAAACUUUUACUUCAUCUCUCUCAAUAGUUAAUUUUAUUAAUUUAAUUGUGUAACUUCAGAAGUUAAGGCUUGUUUAAUAUUAACAAUUUUUUUUAAUAUUUUUUUUUUUUUACGUUUUAUCAGCGUGUCAACGAUUCAUUAAAAUGCAGGUACAUAUAGAAAAAUGGCUUGCGUUUAAUUAUGUUAUGUAUAACAAAAUAUUUCGUCUUGAAGCUAAUAUAUAUAUAUAUAUAUAUAUAUAUAUAUAUAUAUAUAUAUAUAUAUAUAUAUAUAUAUAUAUUUAUAUUAUCAUUAUUAUUAUAUAUUAUAUGUAUAUAUUUAUAAUAAUAAUUAUUAUUAUUAUAUUUAUAUAACGGCUAGUGUUUAUUUUUUUUUCAUCCUUAUAUUUUUAAAAUUUUCAAAUUUAUACUGUAAUAUGGCGUACUAAUGUACAAUUUUCAUUUGUAU